AUGUCGGUUGAGUUUACAGAGACUACAGACGAGCCAGAAGACUCGUCCUCGUUGAUUGACGAACCUCCAAUUACUGUGGAACCGGAAUUAAUAAUAUUUGAGCCUCGUCCACAAGGAAUCAGCGCAAAAAGCAUUGAAAUUGCUUACAAAAUCUGCCCGUGCUUCGAUUACAUCCAACCGGAGGACAGCCGAAUGCUACGGAUUUCGAUCAGUACUCCAACAAAACCAAAUAAAACGCAUGGAUUUAUCUAUGAAACUUUACCACUGAGCAAUAUGCAAGGUUACGGCAUUGCUGCAAGUCAAUACUGGAAUGAGAACGAUCUUGACCAAAAAGAAAAGUACUUGGGCACAUUUGUAUGCCGUGAAGCAGAAUCCAAAACUGGCUAUUCAUUACAGUAUAACCGGCGUCUAACUUUCGAAGACACAGCACCAGUAUCGUUUAAUGAUAGCACUGAUUCGGAUGACCACGCCCCGCAAACUUGUGACAUCAAGUAA